AGGAGCGAUUUUUGAGGGAAACGAGCCCCGACAAUAAACCCGGUUCGAUGCGUUAUUUUCCGAAGAUGGUAAUAGAUCCUGUUUAGAUCAAAGCCAUUUUGCCCUCUUCUUCUCGCCGCCUCCCCUGUAUAUACGCAAACCCCUCAAAAACGCUCCAAAAAACCGUUCCCAUCUCUCCAGAGUCGUCCUCCAAUCCUUCUCCUUCUUCCAUCUCCUCUCUCUGUCUCUGUCUCUCUCAGUCUCUGUCUCUGUCUCUCUCUGCGACAAAGAUGGUACUGCAAAAGCUAGCAGUUUCAUCCUUGUUCAGUCCCCUGCUGCUUUGGGUUCUAUUUGUUUCAGGACAUCCGUCCUUGGUUGAAUGCGCCUCCCGCCACCACCACCACCACCGUCACCAUCGCACUCACCAUGCUGACGACCGCCGCGCCGUGUUCCGUCCGACAAAGAUGUUUGUCUUCGGAGAUUCGUAUGCGGACACCGGGAACAACCCCAAAGCCCUGGCGAACUCGUGGAAGGCUCCCUACGGAAUCACCUUCCCGGGCAAACCCACCGGUCGAUACUCGGAUGGCCGGGUCUUGAUCGAUUUCCUCGCUGCGCAUUUCGGAUUGAGAUCGCCAAUCCCGUAUAGGUGGAGGGAGGUCGGGUCCAAGUAUGUGGAACACGGAAUGAACUUCGCGUAUGGAGGGACGGGUGUGUUCAACACGCUGUUUCCUCAGCCGAAUAUGACGGUCCAGAUCGAUCUGUUCCAACAGCUCAUCGCCGAAUCUGUCUACACUGCACUGGAUCUUCAGUCUUCGCUCGCUCUCGUUACCAACUCCGGCAACGACUACUCCGCUUACUUGGCCAAGAACGGCUCGUACGAGGACUUGCCGCAAUUCAUAAUACAGGUGGUGAACCAGCUCGUGUUGGACAUAAAACGCAUCCACAGCCUGGGCGUGAAAUUGAUAGCCAUUGCGGGUCUGCAGCCUUUGGGAUGUCUUCCGGCCACCGUCUCGAACUCUUUUCGAACUUGCAAUGCAACUGCAAAUUCGUUGGUGACCUUCCAUAACAAGCUGUUGCAGCAAGCCGUCGCAAAGCUGAACAACCAGACGCGGUCCUCACCUGCUUUUGUUGUCGUUAAUCUCUAUACCUCAUUCAUGUCCGUGCUUAAUGGCAAAGGAAGUACCAAGUUUCGGGAACCGCUGACACCAUGUUGUACGGGGAUAAACAGCAGUUACUCGUGUGGGAGUGUGGAUGAAACUGGGCAGAAGCAAUAUGAACUGUGUAAGGACCCGAAAGGUAUGUUCUUUUGGGACAUGGUGCACCCUACGCAGGAGGGUUGGCGAGCUGUGUUUGCUGCAUUAGGACACAAUCUCAAGCAAUUAUAGAUUGAUUCAUUCCACUCUUACCAUUCAAUAAUUCAUGGUCUUCAGUGUUCCAACAGACUUCACGUCAAUAAUAAAGAGUCUCUCGUGGUUCCUUAAUCUUAAUUGUCUUCUAUUUGAUUCUUUUAUAAAGCGAUGUGGGUUAGGAAACAGUGUGAUUUCAUGGAAUGAUCUCAUGUUUCUUUCGUGGAACAA